UUUACUGGGGAUUGUGCCAAGCCUUAGCUGGCAGGCAGAGUUGGAAGAGGCUGUUACCUGAUGCAUGCAAGUUGAUCCAACCUGUUUUUGAUUCAAGGAGAGAAAUGGCAACUUGUCUAUGGAAAAACUUACUUCAGACUACAAAAGAAAGAAUAAUACAACAACAAAGGGCAUCACUAUAUGACUCUGCUCAUGGGUAUCGAGAAGAACUGAUAAAGAAGAAACUUCAGCAAUUUGCUGGGGGAUCCAUCAACCUUUCCAAAGAAGAGGAUGGUAUUGGAAUCCUGACCUUGAACAACCCAAGGCUAAUGAAUGCCUUCACAGGCACGAUGAUGAUAGAGCUCCAGGAGAAGGUAACUGAAUUGGAAAACUGGAAGGAUGGCAAAGGCCUUAUCGUCCGCGGUGCAGGAAACACUUUUUGUUCAGGAUCCGAUUUGAAUGCUGUCAAAGCAAUAUCCAACUCUGAGGAUGGGAUGAAUAUGUGCAUGUUUAUGCAAAAUACCUUAACCAGACUUAUGAGAUUGCCAUUGAUCAGUGUUGCCCUAGUCCAAGGGAAAGCUCUCGGAGGAGGAGCAGAGCUUACCACGGCGUGUGAUUUCAGGCUGAUGGCUCCGGGAAGCGAAAUUCGCUUUGUCCAUAAGCAGAUGGGUCUGGUCCCCGGCUGGGGAGGAGCGACGCGGCUGGUGCAGCUCGUGGGCAGCAGGGCCGCCCUGCAGCUCCUGAGCGGUGCCCUCAGGGUGGAUCCCGAGCGAGCGCUGGGCCUGGGGCUUUCCCAGGAGACGCUGGCGUCUUCGGUGGAAGCGGCGUCCCUGGAAGAAGCCCGAGCCUGGCUGAGUCGCUACACRGACGCCCCGGCCAGUGUGAUUCAGGCCAUGAAAAAGGUGGUGACAGCAGGAAAAGAGCUGCCGCUUGCAGCUGCCUUGAGGACAGAGAGGGACGUUUUCGGAUCGGUGUGGGGAGSGCCUGCCAAUUUGCAGGCGUUGCUUCAAAGAACAAAGCACAGGUGAUGUGCAGGGUGUAAGAAAUGUUGGUGAUCCCACAGCUCUCGCUGGAGCAGACCUGAAAUUGAGUCAUUUAAGAACUUGUUCAUUUAAACUGAUACUAACGUUGCUGUGUCUCACAUCAGGCAGAUGUGUUUGCUGUGCAACCACAAGGAAAUCCUCUGCAGAUUCUUUAAUGUUCUAAUCACUCAUUGAAUGGGGAUUAGUGAAAUUAGCAUGUAAAGGUAAGUACUGUGCUGAGAAUUAAACUAUUAAUUCUUCUGGAAUGAGGCCGAAGACUUUCUUUGGAGUUAAUUUURUUUUUCUAAUUGGUAUGGAAAUGAAUUGCUUGGGAGAGAAGUUUUAUUUGCAGAACAGGUGCAUCUAAAGCUGCACAAUUAGUUGUUCAGCAUGUGACCAGUGUCUUAAAACAGCUUUGAUGGGACAAUAAAUGAUGAGUAGAUUCUUUUUUCUUUYUUUUUUUUUUUUUUUUCCUUCCAUCUCCAAUCAAUUCUUGGUGUAAUUGCUGAUACUGUAACCGGGGACUUUGAACCUUGUGGUAAUUUUUACAGAAGCAGCUCUAACACGUUCAGGCAGUUGUAGCCUUUGUUCACCACUCUGGAUCCAAACCCUUCAACACGUUUAGGUGUCCCCUUGCUACCAUAGGAAUCUGAUUCCAUCUGAGCCAUAGGCGAAUUCCUGUGGUCUGGAUCAGUGCCGCUGGGCACGUGCAGCGGUGCCAACCUGACUCCUCUGCUGAGGAGCCUGCUGCAGUAUUGGAAAGCCAUGACAUGCAGCUCCCCAAAAUGGUUUUCCUUUAUUGGACAGUGAUUCCUUCUGUUCUCUUGAAAGACUUCUCUAUGGAUCUCUCCGGUCAGGCCCUAGGACAGAGUAUUUUUACUGGUAGGGCAUAUUUAGGUUGUGAAAGACCAAAGGAYUUGGAACUCGGACUUCAGCGACUAUGCGAGUAGUGAAGUAAUUCAGUGGGGAGGAUUUUCUCUUCAGAAAUCAGAGGCUGAGACUGAGCCCCUGCUUGGGCACCUCGGGCUUGAUUCAAAGCAAAACGUGUCCG